AUGGCUGAUCAACAAGAUGAAGCAUUCACCAACAUUGCGCAAACCUUGCAGCUGCUACAACAGAUGCUAGCUGCACAAGCUGCUGCUCCUAAGACCCCUGCUACGGAAGACAAAUUGCCUCCCUUUGUCCGACACUUCAAGAAGCCCGAAUCCGAGGGAGGUACACCAUAUGUUAUUGGCGAUACCAAAACGUAUAACGCUACAACUUGGCAUUUCUGCGGUUGUCCCAAACACCGUAGCAACCUCAAAUGGCACACCCAUCCUACUGCCGACUGCAAAAUCCGCAAGGCCUGGUUGGAAGAAAAAGCUGCAGCUCCUGCUGUAGCCAAUGCAGGCGAUGUUCAAUCUGAAAUUCCAAUCCAGGAAGGUUCUGCUGCCAGCAACGCCACUUCAGGUGUAACUGCGCUUCUUGCUAAUGCACUCUCGGUGAUUGGCGAUGACGACGCACUUCAUGAUGUCAUUUCUGAGGCGCUCUCCGCCUUGCAUCAGACUUGA